AUGGCCGACGACGCUCCCGAUGCCAGUCCCAAGAACGAACCUCUCAACGUCGAGACCAAGGAAGACGCAGAGACUCGCGCUACUCGUCGUGAACUAAAGCAAUCCUCUAUCUCUGACCCUCCAACGUCUGGUCCAGAAGAUGCUGCCAACACAUCGGAUGCGCCCGAUAAUGACUUGAAGGAGCAAAUCGCCUCCCCUAAGAAGAAGCGCGCGCAUGACCAACUAGAAGGAAGCAAAGAUGCUGAAGAAAACGAUUCGAACAGUGUGGCAUCAUCGGACUCGGCCAAGGAUAGAGCUCUACGAACCGAGCCCGAGAAGAAGCGACAUCGCGACGAAGAUGCAGAUUUGCCAUCAACGAUUGCUUCCAGCGAGGUGACCAAAGACACCGAAGCCGGCAAAUCAGCGACAAAACAGUCCCAAGGGCAAACAUCGGCUAGCGCUUUCGCGGCGUCUGGCUUUGGCAAGCUGUCGUCCGGGACUUCGCCCUUUGCUUCUCUUGGUGCCUCUCAGAGCGGAAGUGCGUUCGGGUCACUCGCUGCUGGAAAGCCCUCGCUUACCUCAUUUGCUUCUAAGCCCUCAUCUACAACAGCACAGCCUGCCGCGCCACCUAAGCUGACCUUUGGAAGCUCAGGAGGAGCGUCGCCUUUUGCAGGGUUAUCAACUGGAAGCAAUGGAAGCCCCUUUGGGGGAAGCACUUUUGGGUCUGCUCUAGGGGGUACCAAACCUCUCUCGAGCUUCGCUGCGCCUGGUGCGGAGCCCCUCAAGAGCGAGAAACCUGCAAAGCCAUUUGGAGCCCCGGAUAGUGAAUCCGAGGACGGUGGCGAAGAGGAAGAAGAAAGAGAGGAGAUCGAGGUCAACGAUGGCGAAGCCGGCGAGGCAACGGUUGUCUCUGUAAGAGCCAAGAUGUUUUACCACGACAAAGAGGCCGGCUGGAAAGAACGAGGUGCGGGCAUGCUUAAAAUUAAUGUGCCUCAGGCCUGUGUUGAGUACGACGAAAAUGGCGCUGUUAUCCCCGGAUCAUUUGAUGCUUCCGCUUUAGAAGUGGACGAGGAGGCUGCAGGAGAAUCCCAAGGCCACAAGGUUGCCCGUCUCAUCAUGCGCCAAGAUCAAACACAUCGAGUCAUUUUGAACACAGCGCUUGUCGCCGCCAUGAAAUUCCAAGAAAAGGCUUCAUUGAAGUCUGUUGGCAUCCUCUUCACUGCUUUCGAGGGUGAACAGUCCAAACCCGUGAGCAUCACAAUGAGAAUGUCAGCUGCCAACGCAAAGCUUUUCAUGAAUGAGAUUGGAAUCAUUCAAAAAGAACUCCAGAACAGUUAG